CAGUCAAAAAAAAAAAAAAGACUGGCACCUCAGUCCAAUCAAGCUCCUCCUCCCUCCCCUUUCUCAAGUGGUCUAGCAGAAGAUGCAAAGGUGCUAGUGCGGUGCUGGGUCUUGGCUCUUACUUGCACUCUCUUUUCUGUUUAGUCCCACUUAGUCUGAGGCAGGGCAGCGGACUGGGCUGAGAUGGCCGACACAGUCCGCUGCCGGCUGCUUCUGCACUUGGAGCACCUGACUUCGGGGGAGCUGAAGAAAUUCAAGUUGUAUCUGGUGAACUCUCUGCCUCGGGGCUCCCUGGAGGAGGCUGAUCGCCCAGAACUGGCCGAUCUCCUGGUCAAUUCUCUUGGGCAGCAAGAGGCCUGGGAGCAGGCUCUGCGCAUCUGGCAGAAUAUGGGCCUGAGGGAGCUGUGGGAGCGAGCCAAGAAGGAGGAUCUUGGAUUUGUUGCUGCUCCAGUUCUUCCAGCCUCCUCAGGAUCCCAGACAGGACAACUACUAGCUGUAUCUAAAGUUGAAGUGUUUGAGAAAAAUUCUCCUUCCUCUCCAGCUCCUCAGGCAAUCCAGGCCAGUGCCACAGAUACACUCAAGCUUUGCUCCCGUGAAGACUUCCUAAUGCUAAGGAAGAAGAUGGCAGGACAGAUAUACCCAGUGAUGGAGAAAGAAGCCCGCACACGUCGGGCUCUCAUCAUCUGUAACACGGAGUUUAACUGGCUCCCUCAACGGAAUGGGUCUGAAUAUGACAUCAAAGGCAUGAGUGACCUUCUUGAGGGUCUGGGUUACAGGGUAGAUGUUGAAGAGAAUCUCACAGCUUUGGAAAUGGAGUCAGUGCUGCAGCGAUUUGCCUCCUGUCCAGACCACCAGACAUCUGAUAGUACUUUUCUGAUACUCAUGUCUCAUGGUGUGCCAAGUGGCAUCUGUGGGAAGGAUUACAGAAAGGAAGCCUCCCAGAUUCUUCCUGUUAACAGGAUCUUCCAAAUUUUCAACACUUCCAACUGUCCCAGUUUGAAGGACAAGCCCAAGAUUAUCAUCAUUCAGGCUUGCCGAGGGGAGAAUUCAGGUAUUGUUUGGGUCAGUGAUUCGGAAGUACCCUCUGCAGAGAGCUGUACCCAGGACAUCUUUGAAAGUGAUGCUCUCUGUAGGGCCCAUGUGGAGAAGGACUUCAUUGCUUUCUGCUCAUCAACUCCAAAUAAUAUGUCUUGGAGAAACAUCCACAAGGGCUCUCUCUUCAUUAUCCAAUUAAUUCAUUACUUCAGAGAGUAUGCUUGUUGCAAUCACCUGUAUGAUAUUUUCUGCAAGGUCCAGAAUUCAUUUGAGACCCCAAAGUUGAGUGUGCAAAUGCCAACCAUUGAAAGAACAACAUUAACAAAGUAUUUCUAUCUUUUCCCGGGCAAUUAAAACUAGUAGGCAUCAGCAACAGUGGCGGUUGCAGCUCAGGAAGUUACAGGUGACGGAAUACUUAUAUAACUUCUUCCUCUUUUUCAUCAUGGGGAUUGUUGACAUCAUAUUGUCUGAUUUUUCUUUAAACAGUCCGAUAAAUACAAAACCAAAUAAUUUGUCAGCCUUUUGGGUUCUUUACUAGGUAAAAGCAUUUCGCCCAGGAGAGAUUUCCAAGAAUGUUCAGCAGUUGUCUGAGCAAGACGGUGGUACAGAAUAUUCUAGCUUUCCUAGUAUAAUACUAUUGAAUUUAAUUCAGUAACUGUUUAUGAGCAGCUGCUCCCUACUCAGCCCCUGGUUAUGGACUAUGGAAGAUACAAGAGAAGUGGAAAACUCAGUCCCUGCCUUUUAGGAGCUUAUGGUUUUGUUGAAGAUAUAAGAUAUAUACACAAAAACCAAAUAAAGAAGAUUACAAAAUCCUUCCUCUGCUGUUCGCCACUUUACAGUCAAUCUGAAUUCUCUCAUUUUACAAAUGAGAAAAAAUGAUUUGCUCAAAAUCACACAAUAACAACCUCUCUGGGACAUUUUUUCUUUAUCUGUUACCUGAGAGGGUUCAAUUUGUUGAUCUCGAAAAUCCCUUUCAGAUCUGCUCAGAAAAUCAGCUAUGCUCAGAAGUGCUUCUGUGUACAGUAUUGUAAAUUCACUACAUUCAGUACUGUGUGCCUGGCACGCAGCAAGUCCUUAAAAAAUGCUUGUUGUAAAUGAGUCACUAACAGCUUCCUCAAAAGAAUGCUAUGUAGCAGGUUCCAUUAUUAUUCCCAUUUUAUAAGUGAGAAAAUAAAGUCAUUCUGUAUUGUUUCUGAAACAAUCCUUUUUAGGGAUAUCUUAUGAUUUAUUUUCCUAGUUAUUAUAGGGAAACAGGUUUAAAAUAAUAUGAUAAAUGGGAAAAUUUCAAGAUUCUUUGAAAAUGAAUCCUUAUCUUUAAUGAAUACGUGAAUGUAGUUUGGACUAACCUUUCUUAUCUCUGUCUUUCUUGUGCUGGCUUAUCCUGUAGUUCUUGUACCUAAAACAAAAACCUUAAUCAGUCUACUCCAGGUUGAAGGCUAGUUGCUGGCUCAUACAUAGUCUGAAGAAUAUUUGGUUUAGCAAGGCUGCCAGCAUGUGGCAGUUUGGGAAUAAUGGUGAAAGUGCUGGAUUAAUCAUCCAAGAAUCUGGUUUCAAAAAUUUGUGGUCUCUUUCUUACUACCUGAGAGAUUUUGACCAAGUCCUUUUAUCUCAUUGAAAUUUAAUUUUCUCAUUGUAAAAUUAGGUGGCUGUAGUAGAUCUCUUCUCAGCUCCUUUCCAACUGUAAAUCUUAUGGUAGAAUUUUUAGGUCCUUCUAAUACCUGUUCCCUAAUUUUCUGAACUGGUGGUCUGAAGACCAUUGCUGACAAAGACAUUUUCUUAAAAAGGCCACCCCCCCCAAAAAAAAACACUGGAAACUCUGGGAAUCACAUCAUUCUCGAGGCCAUAUCUUUGAGGUCACAUCCUACACCCUACCUGGUGAUUUCUAUGCCUCCAAGCACUUGCAGCUUUGACCUUUUCUGGCUUCCUGUAUUCAAAUGAUAUUUCUCUAGCUAUACCCACAGACUGGUAGCAUCAUGUAAGAAGAGCAGGGCUAAAGCUUAAAGUGAACUAAAUUUGGUUCUAGACAAGAAUAAAAGUUUUUUUUUCUAUACGUAUCUAUCUGUCUGUUUUAGCUAUGUGUUGUACAACAGAAGGAUGAAAGAAGAUAUAGGACUAAAGAUAAAUGUACAUGAAAGAGAUUGAUAAUUGAUAAAAAGAAGUCAGAACUA